AUGAGACAAUAUGAGAUAAAACGUCUAUCAAAUAGCCUUUUUAGAGGAUCUUUGAGGUUAUUUAGUAAAUCUCAAUGGAUACGAAGAUCGUCUUCACUUAAUCCCAAGAUUUUGGGGAUAAUUGAUCAAAUAAGCUCUUUAACAUUGAAAGAAACGGCGGAUCUUGUAUCUCAGUUAAAGAUCCAUUUAAAUGUUCAAGAUAUUAGACCUAUUAUUGCACCAACAGUAGCGGCAGAAUCAGUGCCAGUACCUGAAGAAGAAAAGAAACAAGUGAAGGAGAAGGUUUUUUUUAAUAUAAAACUUGAAUCAUAUGAUUCAGCAGCCAAAGCAAAGGUUAUAAAAGAAGUGAAGUCAAUGUUAGGUUUGAAUUUAGUUGAAGCGAAAAAAUUUGUAGAAAGUAGUCCUAAAAUUCUUAAAGAAUCAGUAAAUAAAGAAGAUGCUGAAAAUAUCAAGAAAACAUUCGAGGAAUUAGGUGCAAAAAUAUCUUUAGAAUGA